AUGUGGGGACGACCUACCGAAGACGACGAAAACCCAUGCUACCGGCCUUCGGGCGCCUCCGUGCACGGGGAUUCCGGCGUAUUCACAAAGCUACUCGAACGAGCCGUGGAAGAGGAUGGCGAAGAACGCGGCCUGGACCUCUUGCACAGGAACAUGGAGGACGACCUCGACAUCAUCUCGCAGUCGACUAUGGAUACGAUAUACUCUAUCUCGAGGCCCGAAGGCCAACACAAGCGCCAGUUGGACGCAUAUACCCGCUCCCCGGCCCACAUACGUUCUCCUGGUCCAUCCUCGUACGAAGAGCACCUAACCUAUAGGCUCGGCCGGCGGACUGUGGUGGACUCUGUGCUUCGGGCUAAGCGCAAACGUACCUCUUCUGGCUCAUCUGGCUACAGCGACCUCCACGCGCCUACGAAGCGUGAACGCUCCUCUCAAGCGGCGAACGACACUUCAUUUGUAUUGAGCGACAAAGCCGAGCCUAUCAAGACAUUCUUUCCCAAGACGGGUCACUCUCCCAGCUCCGACGCAUAUACCCCGCCCUCGUUCGACACGCAGACUCAGCCUAAUACAAGAGCACUGGAGGCCAGGAUUGUCGCCCUGGAAGGUCUGAUCUUGCGCACUUUACUGUAUAGUCUUGUACUCUGGUUUCAACGUGGCUUCCAGAUGAGCUCUAUGGACCGCGACUUGGAGCGGAAACUCCGCGCAGCUUAA